AUGAAGGGAGAAGGCUCUUCCACUGUGGAGGCAGAGGAUUCCAUCCCAGUGGACCCUAGCUUCCAAGCUAUUUCAGGUGAGGUGCGAUAUGAUGAUAUUCACUCGGAGACAUAUUCUCUCGCUUCCUCGAUAUACCGGGGAGUGAUGGAAAAUGGCCGACGCUAUCAAACUAUGCGCGAGGGUGAAUACUGGGGUCCAGCGGACGACCAGCAUUUUGAGGCGCUCGAAGCAGGAUAUCUGUCACAACUAGUCAUGGACUCCGAAUCCCCGAAUGCAUUAUUUCAGUCUCCUGUUGAAAAUCCUCAGAAUGUUCUUGAUAUUGGUACAGGCCGAGGGACAUGGGCAAUUGACAUGGCAGAUAUGUUCCCUAGCGCCAUGAUCCGCGGGGUUGAUCUUUUCCCACCACCUGUUGACUGGAUGCCUCCAAAUUGCGUCUUAGAGGUAGACGAUGUCCUUCAAGAGUGGACAUGGCGCGAGCCAUUUGAUUUCAUUCACAUGAGCAUCAUGCUAGGUGCUUUUUCCACCACAGAAUGGGAGACUGUUUACCAGCAAUGCUACGACAACCUAACACCUGGAGGCUGGAUCGAGCAAUUUGAAGGAGCCUGUCAUAUCAUGUCCGAUGACGGCAGUUUACCCGAAGAUAGCAUUCUCGCAAGUUGGGGAGAUAACCUCAUUGCUGCCGCGAACAAAUCGGGACGUCCGAUGGGCACCCUCAACACCAUGCGGGAGCAGAUUGAAAAAGCCGGCUUCGUCGACGUACACGAAAAGGUGUACAAGUGGCCCAUUGGCGGCUGGGCAAAAGACCCGGUGCUAAAAGAAGCGGGGAGGCUAAAUUCAACAAUGUGGAAGUCCGGUAUGGAGGGGUGGGCCAUGUAUCUGCUCACGCGAUAUGGGGUUCCCAAACCGUGGUCGAAACAGGAAGUUCAAGUUCUAGUUGCAAAGGCUCGAGCUGAAGUGAAAAACCCGGCACAUCACAUUUACAUCCUUGCGCGACGUAUCUGGGCACGAAAGCCAACCAGUGAAGAGUUAGCAAAGGAAAAGAAAGUCACGCCAGAGUCCACACAAUCUGAUCAACAACCCCCGUACCGUACUCCCACGCCCCACGCCAAUUCUCCCCUAGGCAGCACGUCUAGGUCUCCUUCAGUGGAGAGGCCAACCACUGGGACUCCUCCUUAUCUCGAGAGUUCACCUGAACUUGAGAAGUCCUCCGUCACAGAUGGAACAUCCACCCGCGGAUCCUCCCCUCAGAAAACAUAA